AAUGCCUUAACAAGAAACAUUUCCUGGAAAGCAACAGUAACAUUGUCACUUCACAGCUAUGGCAGCUGGCGGAGGAGGAACAAACGCCGCCGCCGCCGCCAAGUCCACCACCAAACGCCGCACCAAAAAACCCCGAAAUAUCCACCUCCACCUCCACCACCACCCCAUCAACCACCACCACCACCACCACCACCAAAAUCUCACCCAACUCAUCUCCCUCGUCGCCUCCGCCACCUCCUCCGCCCACUCCUUCCUGACCCACCACGACCUCCACCUCCUCCCCUCCCAAACCCUAACCCUCGAAUCUAAGAUCUCCUCCACCUCUCUUUCUCUCUCCAAACUCCUCUCUCUCCUCAACCCCCCUCCCUCUCUCUCCCUCCCAAUAAAUCCACCGCCUUCCUCCUCUGCCUCCACUCCACCUCCGUGCUGGUUCCACCGCUUCCUCUCCGCCACCACUGCCGCCGACUACGACCCCCGAUGGGUCGACGCAUUUCGCAUGUCCAAGUCCUCAUUCACUCUCCUCCUCCGUCUCCUAACACCUUCUCUGAACUCUCUCUCUCCGAUCCCCCCCAAUUACGCCCUCGCCGCCGCCCUCUUCCGCCUCUCCCACGGCGCUUCCUACAAGUCCAUCGCCCGCCGUUUCAUGCUCGAUUCCGCCACCGCUUGUCGCGCUUUCUACAUGGUUUGCAAGGUUAUCAAUGAUAGGUUGGGUCAUUUGUUCGAAUUCAGAUCAGAUAUCAAACGAAUUAUAGUGGGUUUUGGUUGGAUUUCGCUUCCUAAUUGUUGUGGGGUUUUAGGGUUUGAUCGGUUUCAGAUUGAUGGUGAUUUGUUAGGUGAAAAUGGGUCAUUGAUGGUUCAGGGAUUGGUUGAUUCAGAAGGGAGGUUCUUGGAUGUGUCUGCUGGGUGGCCGAGUACGAUGAAACCUGAAACAAUCUUACGCCAAUCGAAAUUGUUUUCUGGCGUUGAGGAUUCGAGGGAAUUGUUGAAUGGGCAAGCGUUUGAGCUCAGUGAUGGCAUUUCAAUCCCUCAAUACAUAUUGGGUGAUUCUUGUUUCCCACUAUUGCCAUGGCUUCUCACUCCUUUUGUUGAAUCAGAUGAUAAGAAUGGAUUGAAUUCCUCAGAAAGAGCAUUCAAUUCGGUUCAUUGUCGCGGAAUGGAAUUGGCUGUGACGGCGUUUGGUAGAGUUCGUGCUCGGUGGCAACUUCUAUUGAAUCGGUGGAAAGAGGAAUGCAUUGAGUCUUUCCCUUUCAUUAUUGUUACAUGUUGUUUGUUGCAUAAUUUUCUUAUCAAGUGUAGUGAGGCAUUGCCUGAUGAAAAUGUGGGGUACUCGAGGGACCAAGUGCUGCCCCCUUUUGAAGGAGAGUUGGAUGAGAAUGGGCAAAAGAUUAGGAAUGCGCUCGCUUCGCACUUGAAUCGAGUGGGAUGUCAUCUGUGUGCUGGUUGCAAGAAAAGUAAAUUCCUGACAUGAAAUGGAGGAUGUCACCUUGGGAUGCUGAGUUGGCAAAGAAAGCUGAUGGAGUGCCAUGUAGUUCGUGCAAAAUUUGACAAGUGGCAUGAAGGCAAAAGAGAUUCAAGUCAGAUGGCAAGGCUGGAAAUGGCACGGGACAGAGGCAGUUGAAAGCAGUUAAGGUGGAAUGGCAAUUAGUGACUUCAGAAAAUGGGGCUAAGAACAAUUGGCCCAUGAAGUGCAAAGAUCGCGGAGACAUUGGUGGCUGCAGAGAUCGUGGUCGGAGAGACUAUAAAAGGGAGGCGAGAUUCAAGAGCAGGGCAUCAACAACGCUCACAAAGCUCAUGAUUAUCUAGGAGUAGUUUUAGAAUCAUUGGAGAUCUGUAACUUAGCAAAUUAGGUAGUUAUCUUUUCCCUUUAUCCAAACCUUUGUAUUAGUGAUUAAUACAAGUUUGGUUUGUUUCUUCUUCACAUUUGAUCUCCAAAAAGUUCUUGAAUCUGUCAAGUGGUGAGCACAACCACAAUUCCUUGAUCUUGUUCUUACUUUGAAGUUUUGGUUUAAUUGUCGAUCUCAGCUCAACCAAAAAUUUACAAACACAUGAAGAGGACUUUAAAUUUCAAAAAAUUGUAGCUAUAAUAACUCAAUCCUCUCAUAUGUUUUAAUUCCC